CAUUCUAUCUGUUUUUAAUAAUUUAUUUCAGUGUUCUAAGUGUUUUUACAUCUCACAAAUUAACUUGAAAUGCUAAAGCUUGUUGCCUUGGGUUUUGGCCAAAGAGCCUUGCCAUCUGCUCUUUCACUUGGCCGUUCGGCAAUUCAACAACCAACGCUAUGUGUGUCACGGACAGCAUAUCAGCAAACCUUCACCCGAGGGAUCAGGGAUGCCUCUAACAGAGGCUCAUUCACUCGUCGGGUAGUUAAUGUCCGUCAAGUAGAAGAGGUCCAACAAAGUUUGAAGAGAAAAAUUGGACCAAUGGAGGUGGGACAGCUGGCUGUGUGUGGGGGUGCUGUAUUGGGCCUUGGUUCCCUCUGCUACUAUGGCCUGGGAUUAGCCAAUGAGCCUGGUGCAAUUGACAGAGCUGCAGUUUGGCCCCAGUAUGUGCGGCAUCGGAUCAGAGACACCUACAUGUACUUCGGGGCAUCAGUGGCUGUGGCCGCUGGCUCUGCCAUGGCUGUCUUUAGGUCUCCAGCUGGCCACAAGUUCUUUGCGUUCUGCCAGCGACGUCCCAUACUGUCGACUGUGGGUAUCAUUGCAGCGAUGAUUGGCACGGGCCAGGCGAUGAUGGCGGUCCCUUACAGCCCUGGUCUGGGCACCAAGCAGAUGCUGUGGCUACUCAACUGUGGCAUCCUCGGCCUCGUCGUGGCUCCUGUUGGGGCUCUGGGUGGGGCCAUUGCUCUAAGGGCAGCCUGGUACACGGCAGGCAUCGUGGGCGGGCUGUCGACUGUGGCUGCCUGUGCCCCUAGCGACCAGUUCCUGAAGUGGGCUGGUCCUCUGGGCAUUGGCUUGGGCGGAGUGCUGGUGGCCUCCAUCGGCUCUAUGUUCGUGCCUGCCACCACCACCCUGGGCCUCUCCCUCUACUCCAUCUCACUUUAUGGCGGCCUCCUGCUCUUCUCUGCCUUCCUACUCUACGAUACACAGAAGAUCAUCCGCAAGGCAGAGACUCACCCCGUGAGCCACAACCCGUACUCCGGCUGGUCGGUAGCUCCGUUCGACCCCAUCAACGCCUCCCACCACAUCGUCAUGGACGCUCUCAACAUCUUCAUCAGGAUGGCUCAGAUUCUCGCAAUGGGUGGCAACAGGCGCAAAUGAAUCGCUCAUAACAAAAAAUAUACCCGAUAUCUAGAUUAGAAAAGUAAGAAAUCCUUAGGCAGAUUAUGAAAAGCAAUAGGGAAAUUAUGAUUUAAAAAAUAGAGGAGUUCGCGCUGUUUUUGAGGCACUCGAUUCAGUCUUGCCAUCGUCUUCAAAGCUGAGAUGCGAGCUUUAGUGUUCCGUCGUUUGCAAUGACUGCAAAUUAGACCAUUUUACCACUUAUUCUUGUGAAAAUGGCAUCCUAUGAGUAAACGUUAGCUCUACAUUAUAAUCGGAACCAACUUGGCUAGGUACUUCUUUUUUAUCAUCUUAAUAACCUCUCAUAUCGCAUGGAUGUCAGUAAUUUUCAUGGAAAUGUUUUUAAAAAUGAUAGAAGUAUGUGAAGAACAUGUAGAAGGUUUUGUUUAACAAGCGCGUUAAUAAGCUAUUCCACAAAUUCCACUGAAAAUUGGGCUUUUUCCCUAGUUUUUCGUUCUAUAAUUUUGUGUCUGCUUUGCUCGUGAUGGCAUAUUUAAUGUGUGAAUUAUUAUUUUAUGACGUAGUAGAACCAUAUAUAAGUCCCGAUAGCACCUGAACUUUUUCAGGAAUAAUGGCUGCGUUAUUUGUGUGGCAAGAGAUACUAAAGAUCGGUUUAACCCGAGACUUCAGGCAUCAGCAAAAUUUAUCCCUAUUAAGUCGAAUACUUCAAUGUAUAUUUCUUAGUUCGAUCAUAUCUGAAUUCUAAUAUAUUUAACCAGGAUUGCGCAUUACUUCGUUAGUAAUCUGAUUGCAUGUAUUGAUUGAUGAUAAUAAUCUUCCUUUGCGUUUGUUACCAUCAAGAUUCCACAAUAAAUUGCAGGAAUAAACCUGAUUUGUGGUGCUCGAUGAUCAAACUCGCCAAAUGCUCGGGAUAAUCGAUAGUAAUUUGUAUUUGUGAUUGACUUCAGCGCAAAUUGUUUCCAUUAGGAAUUAGUUUUUGUCUACAGAACUACUUUGAUAUGCAUUUCUUCGUGUAUUAUGCGGAUUAUUUUGCCAUUUUUGGCCCAUUGAGUUACAUAAAGCUGAUGCAGUGUGAUAGGGAUAUCCUUCCAUCAAUGGUACUGCGGCCGUACCAGGAUGCCACUACUACAGAGAAAUACUUGAAAUAAAAUGUUUGUUUUUGCCCUCCUGGAUUGUACGUAGUCUUAUAUGCAGGGUUUCCGUCAUGGAAAUUCAGCUGAUUAUACCUAGCCUGUCAUUAUCAUUAUGUACAUAGCGUCUUCACUCGGCUCGGUUGUGUUGAAAUAUACGACUUUAUCAUCA